UUUCCCAUUCUCAUUGUUAAAGCUGAUCUGAGAUCAGCGUAUGAAAUACCGAAUGGAAACACACAGAUCCUCCCACGACAACAAGGAACCUGAAGUGGAAUACUAACCCUACACCUUGUUCCUGCAACUAAUAAAUAGUCCACAAUGUUUUACGCACAAAGUAUUUUACUCUUCGUGUUACUUAGUAGUUGUUCUGCAAAUGAAAGUACGUUAAACACAAAACCUGCCUCGAUACCGGUGCGUUUGUUCACCGAUGAGGAAUUGAAAAGAUACGAUGGGAGCGAGGAAGGACAACCAGUUUACAUGGCCAUUAAAGGAGUUGUGUUUGACGUCACAACUGGAAAAGAGUUUUAUGGCAAGGGUGCACCCUAUAAUGCCCUUGUGGGCAAGGACUCAACCAGAGCUGUGGCCAAAAUGUCCCUUGACCUGGCAGAUCUCACACAUGAUACUACCGGCCUUACAGAGAAACAACUAAUGUCCCUAGAGAAGAUAUUCACAGGCACAUACAAAACAAAGUACCCCAUUGUGGGAUACACCAGCAGACGCAUUCUCAAUAAAGACGGCAGCCGUAAUAAAGACUUCAAACCUGAAGACCAAUCUAAUUUUAGCAUUAAAGAUGAAUUUUGAUUUUAAGACAGAUUUUAAACUAAGUACAACAGAAAUGUUCUUUUUGAUAAAACAACCCAACAAUGUAGUGCAAUUCUCAAUCCCUAUCAUAGUUGUUUGUGACCCCUCACUGUAAUCUAGGUGGGCAGGUGUUGAUUUAUUGGUGUCGUCUGGUGGUCUUGCUGCCCAGAGUCAAGAAACACUAUGAUGCAAACAAUCAAACAUGGGUUUUUCCCUGGUGGGCUGGCUUGAAGGUCAUUCAAAUGAGGCCACCUACAGGUGUGAUAUGUAUGUAUAUAUAUAUA